GAGUGAAAUCCUGUGUCAAGCCUGAGGUUAUCCUUUAGCGGAUCUUCAAACCUUCAGCUCCUUAAAUCUACUACCUUUGAGCAGGUAAAAUGGCCAGAAACUAGUACAACUUAUGCCAUGCUAUUGAGGGCUGCUCGAGCUCCCCAAGUGAAAACAUCAAGAAAAAUGAAUAGAAAACAAAGGCAAGAUGAGUGAUAAGCCAGAUUUGUCCGAAGUGGAGAAGUUUGACAAGUCAAAACUGAAGAAAACUAAUACUGAAGAAAAAAAUACUCUCCCCUCGAAGGAAACUAUCCAACAGGAGAAAGAAUGUGUGCAAACAUCAUAAAACGAGGAUGUCCUCCGGGGAGCAAAUUGCAACAUUGCUUAAGUGUUGUCUUAGUUUUCCAGGCUUCAUUUUGUAAACCUAUGUGUUUGUAGAGAUUUUAGGAAUUGUCUGAUAUUGUCUCCAUAUUCUCUGGUUGAGGGCACAAGUAGCCAAUGGUCCAUCAUCAUUGUUUGAAAACUUCUUAUUGGUGUGUCAAUCUCACAUGGCCCAUGCUAUCAAUGAUCCACCAUGUAAGAGCUUUGCGUGUGUGGUUCUUGCCUUCCCUACAGGAUAUACCAUUUUCAACCUCCAAUAGGUACCUCCAUUACUCAAAAAUCUCCAUGACAUUGCAUGCUUUUCCUGCUUCUCACAAUUUAUUUUCAUUGCUAAUAUAGCAAUAAAAUAAAAAAUAUAAUCAUUA